UUCAGUAAAACCCCCCCGCUCGCCGACACAACAUUGCCCAACAGAUAAUCCUAAAUAUCUACUUAAAAAUAUUCAUAAAAAGAUUAUAUUUUAAGAUUCCAAGAUGCCGCGCCGUAAGCCCACCAUAAAGACCGAUGUAAUCGGAAAUUUGGACCUCAACCCAGAGGUGGCCAUCGAUGACUAUCGUGUCUCUCGCCAGCAGGAUCAAUUCUUCGUGAAACCUCCCAACUGGGAUUCGGCUGGAGAUACCAUCGAAAUGCUGUACAUCACCAAUCUAAGGGAAUACGACGCCAUGAAGGAUGUUCAGAAGCAACUACUAAAAGAUGCCAAACGCCAGACGGCCAUGAAUGUUCAACGCAUCCGUAAGAUGUACAAAAUUCAAGAGCGUCUGCGCAAACGUUUUGUGGAGAUCAAUGGGUUCAUCAAAGAUUGUGCGGAUAAGAAGCGGAGUGCUGACAAGUCAAUUCGCGAGGAGACCGUCCUUCAUGCGGAGGUCACCAACGAGAUUGAUGAGUUUAAGAAAGCCAUUUCAGAGUUGGGCGCCUUUCGCAACGACCUCAAGGCUACGGUGGCUCAGUUUCAGCCCUACGAACAAGUCUUGGAGGAGGUGGUCCAGGUAUCUGAUAUCUUCAUCUCGACAAAGGAUUGUAUCGAUCGAUGCGAUGCCCUUAUGCUUGCCCAGGUGGAAAUCACUGAGCUUGAGAAUCAGAAACUCCACGAGGUCGAGGUGAUGCGCCAGCGAAUGGUUCAGAUCACCAGCGAUGCGGCUCUAACGGUUUUGGGUCUUAAAAAUGAUUUGGCCAGGCUAGACCGAUCCUAUGUGAACUCACGAGCCACUUGCCUUAAGUGGGAGAAGAUAUUGAGUACCUGCAAGGACGCCACAUCUAACUACAAUCUGGACAAGGAGCGAAUGCACGAUGGCAUACAGAUCCUGUAUCGCAUGCUUUGCAAACGCCGCGAUAUUGUGCCCAGCUAUCAUAGCCAUGACAUUGAUAAAAUCUUGACCUUUGCCAUGCGCGAAAUCAGUCUGCUUUCGUCGGUGCUCCAGGAACUCGACGCCACCAAAGGCGAUAAGGUCGGAGCAGGAAAUUUGUGCUAA